CCGGAUGUUUAUCCAGGAUACACCGAGUCUACUGAAAGGCUAUGCGAGUAACUUUACUUACUAAAAUUCUGCCGUUUUGUAGAAUUAAGUAUAGAUCUCUUUGGUGCCGAUUCUAACCGUAAGUCUUUUCAUUCCUUUCAAGGAGUGAAUUAAAGUUGACAGGAUCAGCAGGGUCCGAUUCUUGAAACGUUACUGGCUAACUUUAGUUUAGCUAGCUUGCUAAUGGCAGACAGUCUUCCUCCAGACUUUCUGUCUCCGUCCAGCUCGAGAUCGGUGUGAAAGUUUUAAUUUUAAACCGCUUUUCUCUUGAAUUUUCUUGACUUUUUGGUUUUGGUUGAUUUGUAAACGUAGUCUUUGGCGAGGAAUUAUUUGUGUAGACAUUUUGUGCUAACUGUAUACGUUUAUGCAGCACUGGACCAGAAGGUGGCAGUCUGGAUCCACUUACGAGCGUCUGUGGCAUUAUUUUCAUCACAAACCUAUUAACUCUAAAAAGUUUGAAAAUCUAUGGGUGACAAGCGUCAGAGAGUGAGAGUACAGGGCUCUUGGGCCAAACCUCUGCCCAAACCAGCAUGUUCAACAGUGCAUGUGGAGCAAAAGGCUGGGUCAUGGAAGGCUGGAGCAGUAACAUAUGAGUUCAACCAGCCAUCUGAGCCCAUCCGAGUGAAACCUGCGGAGAAGGUGAUGGAGGAUGCUGGGGUUUAUGACAUCAGCCAGAGUCCCGCUGGAGUAUCCAGACUGCGGCUCCUUCCUGGGUUUUUGCCGCUGGAGCAGGCCGACUGGAUGUUCUCGAAACUUUUGGCCGAGCUUCCGUGGACAGCGAAGACCAAUUAUGGCAUGACGGGUGAUGCGUAUGAGGAACCGAGGCUGACCUGCUGGUAUGGUGAACUUCCUUACACAUAUUCUCGCUCCACGAUGCAAGCCAACACUCAGUGGCAUCCUGUCCUCCUGAACCUGCGUCAGACUAUAGAGCGGGAGAUCUCGCAUACCUUUAACUCAGUGCUGUGUAACCUGUACCGUGAUGGGAAGGACAGUAUCGCUUGGCACAGUGAUAACGAGCUGUCAUUAGGCCCUCAGCCCACCAUAGCCUCUCUCAGUCUCGGGGACACGAGAGUCUUUAGCCUCCGGAAGAAGCCUCCUCCAGAAGAAAACGGAGACUACACAUAUGCCGAGAGGGUGAAGAUACCAUUGAGUCAUGGAACUCUCUUAAUAAUGGAGGGAUGCACUCAAGAUGAUUGGCAGCAUCAAGUGGCGAAAGAGUACCAUGACCGUGGGCCUAGGAUAAACCUGACCUUCCGUACAAUCUACCCUGAACCAGUACGCUUCUCGAAGAGAUGAUUGAUUAUUAAAAUGGAGAAGAGAGACUACAGGAUGAAGAAAAUUGCUGACCAUUUGCUGGAGGUGGAAGGGAUGCAUGUAACCUGCAUUACAUUAACAUUGUUACUGAAAUGAUUUCUUUGUCUCAAAACAAAUGGAAGCAGAAUUCAUUGUUAAAGUCUUGUCUUGAAACAAAAUCAAGCAUAGUAUUAUUUAAGUAAAAAGUACAUUAAAUACCCAUUUUAGUUUUGACCUAUUUUUGUUAGUUUUGCUCAAAUUGGUGAAAAGCUUCUCUAUGCGAUGACUUUCUGACGAAGUAUUCUGUUGAACUUCUACUUCAAUAAAAUGUGCUAUAUACUAUCA